AUGGACCAGUUUCUGAGGUACCAGAUCCACACGGGCCUUCAGCACUCAAUCAUCCGAGCCACCCAGCCCAACUGCCUGCCCCUGGAAAACGUCACCCUGCCCCAGAAGCUGAAGCGGGGCUACUCCACCCACAUGGUGGGCAAGUGGCACCUGGGCUUCUACAAGCGGGGCUGCCUGCCCACGCAGCGCGGCUUCGACACUUUCUUCGGCUCCCUGCUCGGUAGCGGCGACUACUACAGUCACUAUAAAUGCGAAGGGCCCGGGAUGUGUGGCUACGAUCUGUACGAAGGGGAGGAGGCAGCGUGGGAACAGGACCGCGGCUUGUACUCGACCGUGAUGUUGACUCGAAAGGCUAUCGGCAUCUUAGCCAAUCACAACCCUCGCAGACAGCCCUUGUUUCUUUACUUAGCCUAUCAGGCGGUUCACUCCCCGCUGCAGGUCCCGGCCCGCUACCUCGAGCGCUACAAGGGCAUUCCGAACUUGCAUCGUCGGAAGUAUGCCGCCAUGGUGUCCUGCCUGGACGAAGCGGUCCACAACCUCACGUUGGCGCUAAAGCGCUACGGUUAUUACGACAACACAGUCAUAGUGUACUCCUCAGAUAACGGGGGCCAGCCCUUAGCGGGUGGAAGCAACUGGCCCUUGAGGGGGAGUAAAGCCACCUACUGGGAAGGGGGGAUUCGGGCGGUGGGCUUUGUCCACAGUCCCCUGUUGGUGAACAAAGGGACAAAAUGCCGAUCUUUGGUCCACAUCACCGACUGGUUCCCGACGCUGGUGACGCUGGGGGAGGGGACUUUAGACGAGGAUCUGAGUCUGGACGGGUACGACGUCUGGGAGGCUAUCAGCGAAGGCCGUCCGUCCCCUCGCAAGGACAUCCUCCACAACAUCGACCCGAUCUACAUCAAAGCCAAGAACGGUUCGUGGAAGGCCGGGUACGGCUUGUGGAACACGGCGAUCCGGGCCGCGCUCCGGGUGGGCCACUGGAAGCUUCUGACGGGUGUCCCGGGCUACAGCGACUGGGUGCCCCCGCAGACCUUCUCCAACCAGCGGCUGACCAACCGCUGGCACAACGAGCGCGUCUACUGGGACCGGGGGAACUCCAUCUGGCUGUUCAACAUCACGGCCGACCCGUACGAGAGAGUGGACCUGUCCCAGCGCUACCCGCACAUAGUCAAGAAGAUGCUAAUACGGCUAGCGCAGUACAACAAGACCGCGGUGCCCGUACGCUACCCGGCCAAGGACCUGCGCUCGAACCCCCAGUACAACGGGGGCGUGUGGGGACCCUGGUACAAAGACGAGAGGGAGGAGCAAGAGGAGGACGAGAAAUACAAUAACUUGUUCACCAACCAUCUGCUAAAAAGAAGGUGGAAAAAGAAAUCCAAGAACAGAAAGCUGAAAAGGAAGGUAGAAGAGUAGCCGACCCUAUUUGUGAAAGACUAAGUGACUUUUCUCAGGGAUUGACAGUUCCUGUUUCAGGAUUGUCCUCUUCCAGCUAGUUUCAACUUGACUCCACUAUGUACUGUAGGAAAAACCAUGCGGAUGGACCUUUUGAAAUGCCUCAAAGGAAGAAGAAAAACAUCCUCUCGUUCAAACACUGUUGUUGUCACGCCUACCAAACUAGACCUCAUGUUAAAGUUAGGGGCAAUUAACCCUUGUGUUGUCCUCGGGUCAAAUUGACCCGUUUCAAAGUGUUUUAAAUCUGAAAUAUGGAUUUCUUUCAACCAAAUUGCCCCAAAAUAACAUGAUGAUUCCUUACGUUGUUCAGGUAACAUGAGUGAUUUCUUUCAUUGAAUGUUGAGUUCUUUUUUUGAAAUGGUUUCCAGACAGUAUCUGAACUGAACUUUGACAUCUACCCAUCUGAGAUCCACACAACAUCCUCUGAUCUUAACUAUUAGUCACACUAAUUCAUAAAUUCUGCCUUUUUAACUAAAAUUGUAUGUAUAAUUUAAUAAAAAAGGAGGUCUGUAGACCAUGAAUUCCAAGAAUAAAUGUAAAACCUGUUAUCAAACCAGCUCAGGUUAUUUCUUUUAAACGCCAAAAACUGGAAAAAGUGACCAAAACAAAUCGGAAAAAGCAACAAAAACAUUGGAAAAGCACCAAAAAACUUCAAGUUCAUGGUUGACGAGAAGACAACACAAGGGUUAAUUAAAGAAUGUUGCUUUUUCUAGAUUGUGUUGCAUGUUUGUCACCUUUUGGAGAUAUCUCAGUAGCAAAUGACAGUUGCCAUGAGUUCUGGUGACAGAAAUAAAGAUGUAGUUGUGUCAUAAAGACCUAGUUCUAUUAUGUUGUUGAUUGCAGCGAUACAGUAUCUUGGAAACUGAUGUGUGAGUGGAUGUACGUUGGAUUUAUAAGCUCCGUCUGUCUGAACAUUAGAAUAAUAGAUAUUGUUUCCCUUUUUUUAGAUGAUGUCUGGUCUGGCACCAGGCCACCUCGAAUGUAAAACAAGCUACCAAAAUAAAAGCCCCC